AUGCCACGUCCCUUGGCUCUCUUCCGCCUUUCCCUUGGUCCUGGCGCCCGGCAUCCGCAUCCGCAUCCUCCUCAGCAUUCAUGCCGUGCCCUGCUCGCCGCUCUCCGCCGCAUCGGAGCCCUCGUCUUCCGACCGUGUUGCUCCAAUGCCAUCCCCAUCUCUCUCUGCACGCCAGCCGCCCUGCGUGUGCUCUGCGCCGGCGUCGUCGCUGCAAGCUCUGGGCGUGAAUCUACGCCACCAUCCUCGCCGCCACCCGCAUCACCAUCUGCAUCACCAUCGCAUCCAUUGCGCCGCGCCAUCUGCGUCACACUCGACCUCGUCCCGUGCGAGAUCCAACCGCCAUUACGGCCGGAACAGCAUUUCUCGGCCUCUCAGCUCGCCAAGACGUCUAGCUGCAUCCCGCUUGGCGCUGAUACCGCGAUCCCGUCGCUUGUGCAUCGAGCAAAGUCCCCUGUCACCACCUCAUCUUGCGCGCGCGCGCGCCGUGGCCGCUGCAGCCGACACCCGCCCGUAGCGCAUCGCACCACCUCAUAUCGCACAGCACCACCGACCACGCUGCCGCGAGCCGCCCCGAUCGCACCGUCUCCUGCAACCCACCUCUCUGCAUCUCACGCAGCAGUCUCCGAUCGGCCCCACAUCCCAGUUCGCACAGAAAGGACCGCAUCUUUCGUCAUCGCUCGUCUCGGCGCAUCCCAGCAAAGCCCAACUCGCUUCUUGACCGAGCUUCAACUCUGCUCUUCAUUCGACCGUCCCUCAGUCCCUCAGCUCCGUCGUCCGUCUCAGCUCUGCACCGGCGAAACAUCGGCCAGUUUUGGGCCCUCAUCGCUCAAGGUUCUCACGACUUCACCGGCAGGUGGGUCUGCUUCUGUCAUCCGACCGCUUCGUGGCCCUCUGCAGUUUGGAGAGGCCAUCGCUUCGCCGGGGACUCCAGCUGCGGUCGUUAGAAGCGAGCUUCCCCUCGUCACUCUGCGCACGAACAUACACGAGCCCGUACCACUCGACCAACCGAGUAAAGCUUCGUUGCAACUUGCUCCUGUGGUGACGCAUUUGGCACCGGGUUCCUACCCUGGUCUGCCCUGUCGCCAGCACAGCGCCAAUCAGCUUCGCAUGUAUCAUGUCGACACUGUCUCGGCUUUCGACACAGCGUGCGAUGCGAUGCAGAGGUCGGCGCACACUCGACACGAGGAAUCGGCGAUCCAUAUCGCGCUUCCAGAACGUCUUAAGCUCAACGCCGCCGGUCUCUGUGGCAACGCAGCGCCAUCAGAUGCCUCGGGACUGCUGGGCUGCGCUUUGGCAGCAGUCUUGGCACACUUUCUCGCCAGCCUUUACUGGGCAGUGGGGAGCACUCAAAGUUGGCCCCGCUACAAGGCCAAAUCCGAGGCGCUCUACCUCGGGCUCAAGCUCAGCAUUGCAGGCAAGCAUCUCCGAGGCAUCGCUUUCGGGCUUUCUCCGAAGGAUCCUCGCACGUUGCUCUUCCGGCGAUGCUGUCCAUUCUCCUUGUCGUCCAGAGCUGCCAGCUACAGCUCCAGUCCUGCUGUCCUCAUGUCGUACGUCGUGCGUCUGGCGUCCCAUGACCAUGCCGAUCUGGUCGCUCGCACCAUGUUCGACAUGGACUAUGCACACCGCGCUUCCAGCUCGCCCUACCGACCUGGCACUGCCGAUGGAUCGUGGGAGCAGGCCAAGCAGCCUGGCGUUGGCGAGCUCAGGCCCGAUCUGUAUGCCCAGCUACCGCCCAGCACCACCUCCUCCUCUCAGCUCCGCCCCGAGCCGCUGCAGACAGCUGCACAGCCCUCCAUGCUCGGAUCCCAGAUGGGCGUCUACCUCGGCCCGAAUGUCGUGACUCCACGCCAAUCUGCGUUCCCCAGGGACCAGAUGGAUGCUUCGACGCAAUUCGCAUCCGCCGGUACCAUGGAUGCCUUUGGUCACGGCGGACCAGGUGCAAUGUCGACCGACACACCGAGGGCCACGCACUUUGGCGUCAGCAGCGCGCACGACGCCUCCAAGAUGGGCAUGGCCACACCAUCGCAUCCCUUCGACACUGCGUCCGGCUCCACAUGGCAGACGAUGCAGCCGCAAGCAGAAAUGCCGUAUCGAGGGUACGCUUAUCCGGUCCAGACGAGUGCAGGCUCGUGGUCGGCGCCCGGCGGCAUGUCCAUGUCGCAGAAUGCCAUCUACGACACCUCUUCAUCGUCGGCCAACACCAGUCCCAACCGCUCGCAGGCUUACUACGACAUGUCGGGCGAACAUCACUUUGACCACGGCGGCUAUGCCUCGCACAUGGGCGCCGCCCCUGCCUACCCCAUGUACGCCGCCUCCUCGUCCAAGUUCGGCGGCGCUGGCGCAUACGCCGCCGCCGCCGCCCAGCCAGAGUACCAGCCCGAGGAGAUCGACAGCAUGCUCGGCCAGGUCUCGACGCUCUACAAGACGGCCAACACCAAGAAGAUGGCCGAAUUCUACCGCGACAAGUGGGCUCGUAUGUGGCUGACGUGCAACUACACCUUAAAGCCGUCGAUCCAGAUCUCGAUACCGCGCACGAUCCUCCACGAGUCGUAUCGCCGGGCGUGCGACGCCUUUGGCCUGGAGCCGCUGCAGGCAGCGUCGUUUGGCAAGGUGCUUCGCAGCCAGUUCCCCGACGUGGCGCAGCGCAGGCUCGGCGGGCGCGGCAAGACGCGCUUCCACUACUGCGGCUUCGGCACGUCCAACGAGCGCGAGGCGAUCAAGGUCAAGUCGCUGCUCGAAGACGAGAAGGCGGGCAAGCUGCAGCUGAGCGCUGGGCUGAGUGCCGAGUACGCCUCCGAGGCUCGCGCCAAAGCGCGCUCCGAGGGGCAGGAUAGCGAGACGUCGUACCGCUCGCAACGCUCGGCCGAGGCGUCGCCAGGCGAAGGCCACACGAACGCGGGCCGUGCGCUCAAGCACGAGCACUCGCCGCACGCCUCGUUGGACGGCAGUGUGCUCGGCACCACCGGCAUGGGCACCGACAACCGGCUGAUCGCCUCGGCAUUUGCGACGCUCAACAGCGCCAUACUCACACCUCCCGGCACGAGCUCGGGUGCCGGCUAUGCGGGGCAGGACGCCUUGCGUUUCUCGACGCAGGCACAACCGCUUUCGCAGGGUCAGGCAGAGCCCGCCGCCUCGAGCAGCACGACCGGUUUCAUGCCGAGGAGGCACACGGUCUCGCACUCGUACUCGGGCUUCAGCGAUCUCGGCUUUGCGCCCUCGGCGCACGCGUCGAGCGAGGCGGGCGAUGCGGCGGGUCUGCCAUCUAGCGAAGUGUCGAGCUUUGGCGUCGGGGCGGUGUCGGGCAUUGCGGAGCCAGCGCAGUCGGGGUCGCUGCUCAACAGCCCGGCGUCGUCGCUGCAUGGCUACCAGUACAUCCAGGAUCCGCGGCACAUGCCGAGCUCGAUGCCGUUCCGGCGCUCGUGCCAGGAUCUGCCGGACUGGCCGACGGUGGGUGGCGAGGCGGGCUCGGGCUCGACCUACGGAACGUCGACGCCCGCGGCGGCGUCGGGAGGCGCUUCGGCUGGCAACGCGAGUCUGCCGGCGGAGUCGCGAAAGGCUUGGCGUGAGUACGAGUCCCUCUGUCAGGCACUGCUCUACUCGAUCUACCUCGGUCCUGACCCUGUCUCGUUUGAACAGCGAACCACUUUGUUCUGGACUAGCCUGAGUGCGGCCUCGCGCGAGGCGCUGCACGCCGACGCGAUGCUGCAGGGCAUGGUGCUGCGCGCCGACGGCAUCAUCUUUCGGCAGCUGCUCAACAAGCUCGACGGCAUGAUUGGCGACGAUGUGGCCGACGAGCGCAUGCCUGCGCUGCGGAGUCUGGCCAGAAUGCUUGCGGAGCGCAUGGCGGAGCUGGUGCGCGAUGCGUUGCCCGAGGCGUGCGCGACGACCAAGGUGCAAGCAUCGCAGAGGAUGGGCGAGAGCCUGGAGCGCGUCGUCAAGAUCUUCGAGGCGGUGCGCACGUUUCGCGAAGAGUCGAUGCUCGAUGUGGGUGGCGACUGCGAUGCGGACGCGGCGCAAGCAUGGUGGGCUGCCAACGCUGGGGCUGGCUCGGCAGGCGGCCCGCGCGGCUUGGGUCUAGCCGGUGUGGUGCGAGGCAGCCGUCCGCGCUCCGGCACGCAGAGUUCGCUCGGAAGCAUGGCGGGACCGCUUGCGAAUUUGCAGCUGCGCCGACGCGACACGAGUGUGGGUAGCAGCCUGUCGGACUCGCAGCAUGCGUGGACGGGCAGCGAGCAGCGCGCGUCGUCGUCGGCGUCCGAGAGCGAGGUGUCGUCGAUCCAGUCGGCCGAUCUGGGCGCCAUGCCCAACAGCCUCUAUGCGCCGCUGGUACGCAAACCGACGUCCGCCGGCGGACUGCGCGCGCGCAUGGCCUCCCACCCCGCGCCGGAGAGCAGCACGCACAACACCUUGGCGCUGGCGAACUCGAUGGCGUCGAGCCAACUCGCGGCUGCUAUGCCUGUAUCCUCGCCGCAACACUUUGCCACGCCGAGCGCACCCAAUUCGCGCCCCACCACCGCCUCCACCUCCGCUCCCCCGCCGCCGCUCGACUGGGGCGACCAGCCCAUGUCCUAG